AUGCCAGCUGAACCAUCCAGCCCUACCAGAUAUAUACAUUUCUAUGAGAAACAGAAUAGCCUACUAUCUUUCACAAGCCUGGGAACUUGGGCAUUGGAAGUGAUCACAAGGAUGCUUCAGGGUUUGGUGGCUCCAGGACUUUCUGACUUCUCAUUGCCUUUGCCUUUCCCCGCAAACACACACACACACGAACACACACACACGAACACACACACACACACACACACACACACACACACACACACACACACACACGACUUUCUGACUUCCCACUCUCGGGGCUCUCUAUGGGCCCUCCUCUCUGCGUCCACAGAACGGGCCGGCUGCACCAGCCUCUGCCCAGGCAAGCUUCGGGUCACCAAGUGGUGGUCAGCUCAUGUCGCACGGUGCAUCCCCAUUCCCCCAGGCCCAGCCUCAGCCGCCCUCCUCUGCAGGCACCGAGUCCAGGCGGCCCGGUACGCAUUGCCGUCGGGGCGCGCACCGCCUCUUUCGCCGCGGCAAACGCCAUUGCCUGUGAGUCCCGACGCGAUUCCACUUACGGUUCCAGCCACGGCUCCGAGGCGCCCGCCCCGGCUCCUAGGUGCCUGGUCCCAGCUCCCAGGCCUCCCGGCCCGCCCAGCCCCGCGCCCAUUCGGGCCGCCGCGGCCCGGCCCGCGCACCCCGGAAGUGGGCGUCGGAUCCCGAGGAGCCAGGCCCGCGUCCCGCUGCCGUCCAGGAGCGGCCUCCAGGGUCACCCACUCGGGGCUGCACCGCUCCGCGCCCCCGCGGGUCCGCUCCGGACUUACCUGCCGCGCCAGGUGA